AGACGUGGCCUGUACCACUUGUGCACUGGGUGGAGGGGUGCUCUCACAUCUCACUGCAGGGGCCGCCAUCUCUAUGUAUCUGUGCACACGCGGGGGGCGGCAGACUCUGGCCAAUGAAUUAAUCAUUAGCGUGCAUUAUGGGAGAUUCAGCCUAAUGACCAUCUGUUAGGGGUUGUAGUUCUCCAGCACCACCACUAGGGGCGCGCCCUGUGUACAAACAGACGGCGCUGCAGCUGAUCUGAACUGUAAUGGGUUAAUAGUUUCCAGGACAACAGACUCACUGGGAGCAGCGCCCUGAUGACAUUGUGACGAUCCUGCAGCUCUGGGUGGCAGUGAUGCUGUGACCUUGUACAUUAGAUGGCUAGCUCCGCAGGCGGGGGCAGAGGCUGUAGGCUACAAUCUAAUUAGGAGCUGUGGUUUUGUGCGGAGGAAAUGAGGCGGUGUGGUGUUAGCGUGCCUUCCUGUCAGUGCGCCGGGUGAGUCAGCGCCUCUCCUCCAGGGACCGGCUGAUAACCAGGCAUCCCGACAGCACCUCUCCUCCAGGGACCGGCUGAUAACCAGGCAUCCCGACAGCACCUCUCCUCCAGGGACCGGCUGAUAACCAGGCAUCCCGACAGCACCUCUCCUCCAGGGACCGGCUGAUAACCAGGCAUCCCGACAGCACCUCUCCUCCAGGGACCGGCUGAUAACCAGGCAUUCCGACAGCACCUCUCCUCCAGGGACCGGCUGAUAACCAGGCAUCCCGACAGCACCUCUCCUCCAGGGACCGGCUGAUAACCAGGCAUCCCGACAGCACCUCUCCUCCAGGGACCGGCUGAUAACCAGGCAUCCCGACAGCACCUCUCCUCCAGGGACCGGCUGAUAACCAGGCAUCCCGACAGCACCUCUCCUCCAGGGACCGGCUAAUAACCAGGCAUCCCGAGCCGUCACCUCCACGCCUGACCUCUCCUCCGGGCACGUCUUCCUGCUGCUCGGACAUCACACUCUCCCUGUUUCCUUCCGCUGGGUGGGAGAGGAAGGUGCUGGGACCGCGUCGUCCUCCAUCACACGCUGCCAUGUCUGUUCUCUGGGAUAGGACUGUGCUUUACACUGCUGCCUCUCUUCUCUGAAUGGAUGGAUGCUCUGGCAUUGCCUUAGAGUAAUAUGUAACUGUAGGGUCCUCUGUGCUUGGGGUUCGGGGAGCUCUGUCUACACUUCUGCUUCCUGUCUUCUCUGCGCCCCCUCAGACUAUGAGACCUGGACCCCUUGUGUCUGUAGAGUACAAGCUGCCGACGGGCAUCAUGGAUCUCCUGCCCAAAACUAAGUAUAACCACCUUCGCAACGAGUCUGUCAGCUCUGUGGAAGACAUCCUGGGCACUGGGCCCCCCACCCCCUCGGUGGAUGUGAUAGUGGCAGAGUCUAUACCCAACUCCUCGUCUUCCUCUUCUCUGGCCCCCAUGUUGAACCUGGCUGAGCUCUCCUCAGAGUCUGAGGACAGCCCCACCACCCUUUGCUCUUUUUUCCCAAAAAUGGCCAAUCUGAAACUUUCCAAUCCUGCCAAUCUGCUGAGUCUCCGAGGCUUUGCGUCCGGGCCAGGGAAGGAGACGGGCAGCCCUGGGGAGCAGGCGGACGCCACCAGCAGCCCAGACUCAGGGAGCACUUUUACUGUUUUCUCCCAGGAUAUGAACAAACUCAGCUGUGGGAGGAAGUCCCGAGUGGAGGGAGGACAGCUGGCGGGGGACGAGUGGACACGACAUGGAAGCUUCGUCAACAAGCCCACCCGAGGAUGGCUGCACCCUGACGACAAGGUGAUGGGCCCCGGGGUCUCCUACCUUGUCCGGUACAUGGGCUGUGUGGAGGUGCUGCAGUCGAUGCGGGCUCUGGAUUUUAGUACGCGGACGCAGGUCACACGAGAAGCCAUCAGCCUGGUGUCAGAUGCUGUACCUGGGGCCAAGGGGGCUCUCCGAAGACGAAAAACCGGGGGUCGCUCCAUGAACUCAAUUCUGGGGAAGUGUAACCUGAAGUUUGCAGGAAUGCCCAUCACCCUGACCGUGUCCACCAGCAGCCUGAACCUCAUGGCGUCUGACUGCAAACAGAUCAUUGCAAACCACCACAUGCAGUCCAUAUCGUUCGCUUCUGGGGGUGAUCCGGACACAGCAGAAUAUGUCGCUUACGUUGCCAAAGAUCCAGUGAAUCAAAGAGCGUGCCAUAUACUGGAGUGUCCCGAGGGUCUCGCUCAGGAUGUGAUCAGCACUAUAGGACAGGCCUUUGAACUGCGAUUCAAGCAAUACCUCAAGAACCCUCCAAAACUAGUGACUCCACAUGACAGGAUGGCUGGAUUUGAUGGCUCGGCAUGGGAUGAAGAGGACGAGGAGAUUGCGGACCAUGCCUACUACAAUGACUUCCCAGGGAAGGAGCCUCCUAUUGGUGGGGUUGUGGACAUGAGGCUACGAGAUGGAACUGCUCCUUUAGUGCCAAGACAGAGCCCCAAUCACAUGGGGGCCACACUGCCGGUGGGACAGAUAUCUGGAGGAGAACAAGACUCAAGGAAACAGCAGCCACAGCCCAAUGUGCAAGGUAAGGACAGGUAUCCAGUGCCUGGCGCCAAGCCUGUGAAUCGGCCCGACCUUUUCGAUGACCCCUCCUAUGUAAAUGUGCAGAACCUGGACAAGGCCCGCCCGCCUGCUCGUGGCGCCACCAAUGGUCAGAGAGACAUCUUUGAUAUGAAGCCCUUCGAGGAGGCGAUCCCCCCGGGGGCGUCCAUUGUCAGUAUGGAAGAAGAGCUGAGGCGGGAGCCUUGGUACCACGGGAAGAUGACCCGGAAGGAGGCGGAGCGCCAGCUGCGGGUCAACGGAGACUUCCUGGUGAGAGAGAGCACCACCACCCCGGGGCAGUACGUCCUGACCGGCCUGCAGAAUGGGCAGCCCAAACACCUGCUGCUGGUGGACCCAGAAGGAGUGGUCCGGACCAAGGACCACCGCUUUGAGAGUGUGAGUCACCUGAUCAGCUAUCACAUGGACAAUCACUUGCCCAUCAUCUCUGCGGGCAGCGAGCUGUGUCUGCAGCAGCCGGUGGAGCGGAGACAGUGAGCGGCGGGGUCCCCUCCUCCUCAGUACACCGCAGCCUCUUCCCGUACCGCCGCGGAGCCUUCUCCUCACCUUCUAUCAGGGAAUUUGUAGGGUCACUGUGACCGGAGCCAUGGGUCAGUGCUGCCGCCGGAUCCCGCCAUGGAGGUGACGUCUCAGCACAAGGCGGCUCCGCCCCCUCUAAGCACAUGAUGGCCUGUGGCGCAGUCACCCCUGCCGAUCUGUGCCUUUUUUUAUUUGUAUGGUUCCCCUGCCCCCUCCAUGAUGGAUAUCUCCUGGGCCCCUCAGUCCAUCAAUGGCAAUAACGGACCCGAACCCCGUGCAUGCUGGACAUCCUCCGCACCUGCCCCAUGCCUAUUUAUUUCUGCUGCUUCCACACCGUCCUCUCGUCUGCGCCCCCCGGAGGUGGGGCCCCUAACGGAGUCUGCACUUUUUCUGGCCUCUUCCCCCCCCCCCCCCCACAAACCUUUUUGCCUUAAGGUGUCUAAAGAAAUAUGUAUCUGCUUCCAAAUUAUGGACAGGGGCGGCACCUAAUGUCCGGACAUUGCUGGUGUAGGUGCGGCGGCUGGUGGCCCCUUUUUAUGUAGAGAGCCCCCCCCCCACUGCUGUGGACUGAGUGGUCUCCACGGAGGAUGUUGUAUGGACUCGAGAGACUCUCCCAAUUUCUAGUGUUGUGUUCUGGACUGCAGGUCAUGUGACCUCAACUAGCCUGCCCCCACCUGGGGUCUGCAACGGGAAGUCCUAGCCUAACCUGCCCCUCAAUAUACCUCCCCAAGGGUCCCCAGCAAAAUGCCCUUAUAACCUGCCCUACCCCUCACUCCUGGCUCUGUGCCAGGGCGCCCUAUUACCGUACCCUCCCAUCCCAGGACCCGCCCUAUUACCGUACCCUCCCAUCCCAGGACCCGCCCUAUUACCGUACCCUCCCAUCCCAGGACCCGCCCUAUUACCGUACCCUCCCAUCCCAGGACCCGCCCUAUUACCGUACCCUCCCAUCCCAGGACCCGCCCUAUUACCGUACCCUCCCAUCCCAGGACCCGCCCUAUUACCGUACCCUCCCAUCCCAGGACCCGCCCUAUUACCGUACCCUCCCAUCCCAGGACCCGCCCUAUUACCGUACCCUCCCAUCCCAGGACCCGCCCUAUUACCGUACCCUCCCAUCCCAGGACCCGCCCUAUUACCGUACCCUCCCAUCCCAGGACCCGCCCUAUUACCGUACCCUCCCAUCCCAGGACCCGCCCUAUUACCGUACCCUCCCAUCCCAGGACCCGCCCUAUUACCGUACCCUCCCAUCCCAGGACCCGCCCUAUUACCGUACCCUCCCA